CCCACCCUGCAGAAUGUGUUUUUGAGCCAUGCCUUGUGCUCGUCCAUUCGCAUUCUCUAUCGCGCCGUCUCUCUCUGCAGUCGUUGUCCUUCGUCCUCGUUGCAGAGUGCGCGUUGCCAACCGAAAAAAGUGCCGUUGUCAUAAUAAAACGGGUAAAAUGGGAGUCGCGAGCAAUACAAGAAAGGCUGCUGCGGCUUAGACCAAACGAAUACAAGAAAUCACAGUUCAAUUAAAUCCUAAUCAAAUGUGUGUUUCCCCAUUCCGAUUCCUUACAGUGUACUCCGCCAUCUUCUGCCAUGGAAAUUGUGCACUAGAAUAGCAACAAAGAAAAGAAAAACUUAAAGAAAACUUCCUCGCGUCGUGUUUGAGUACCGUUAACAGUUAACACAGUGGAACUUUCUCGCGUUGGUGCCGAUCACCGAUCCCUGAUCUUCGAUCUUUGAUAUCCGAUCCGCGUUAAUCUAACCGUUUGUCUGUCUAUCAAUAAUCGCGCGUGAGUGUAUUUCUCAUUCUCUGUGUCUCUGUGUGUGUGCGUGUGUUUGUGUCUGUGUAUUUUUGUGUGUUUCUGCCUCCCCCCCUGUACAUAUGUACAAUACUUGUCGUCGUCGUCGUCAUCGUAAUUGUAAUCAUCAUCGUCAAUCGUUGUUGUUGUUUGCCGCUGUUGCCGUUAUCCUAUUACGCACACCAACCGACGGCACCACCCUACGUCGCCGCCUUUGCCUAAAUUAAUAAUUAUAAGAAAUCUGUGUUCUUCGGUGUUGUCUCGUGUCAGUGUCUAUCAUUUGUUUAAGUACGACAAGCGGUCCGCGAAGAGUAAAUGCCUCAACGACACCAUUCACCAGUCGCAGUCGCAAUCGCAAUCGCAAUCGAUGUCCAAAACGCAAUCGCUAUGGCCAAUGCUCCAUUGUGUGUGUGCUAAUCGAUAUACAUACUAUAUAUACAUAUAUAUACGAGUAUAUGGUACAACAACAUCUACAAACACCAGCUAAACCCCAAAAUAUCAUACGACAAAAGCAACAGCUGGCACGGGAACUGGAAGGAUCAUAAACCCACUGAAAAAGGUCAAUUUAUUGAAUACGUAACUUUGGGAGCCACUUUGCUGGACGCUAGAUGGAAAAGAAAUGACGAAACUUCCUAGCCGCAACAAAAUUGUUUGAUAAAAGUUUCUCCAUAAAUAACAAGAACUUUAAUUUUUUUUAACCAAAAUUAAACAUAAACUUUGUUGAGCAAAAAACAACAAAAAAAUGGUUAAAUAAAAAAAAGAAAUUAAUAUAUUUGCACUAUUUAAAAUCCCAUAAGUAAAUAAAAGAUGCAGUAAAUAAAUUAUAAAUAAUCCCCAGAACACAGCAAAAAUAUAUAUACAUAUAUAUAUAUAUAUAAAAUCAAAUCAAAUAAAAUAAAUUAAGGAGAAAAACACACACUCGCAGGGAAACCAAACCAGCAACAAAAACAGCAACCCUACCAAUUUUUGAACAUUGUAACCGACCGACAAAAUAGGCAAACAUUUACAUCAAUUUAUGCAAAAUAGAAAAUGUUAAAUUCCCACAACUCUGCAAACCAAAUUACGCACAAUAAAAAUAAUAAUAGAAGCCACAAAAACAAAAACCAAAGCAACAACCACAGCAUCUGCAUCCGCAUCAGCAACAGCAACAGCAACAAUAAUAACAAUAAAAGCCACAAAAUGCAUUUGAAAAGUGCAAUAAUAACAACAGCAACGGCAACAAAAGACACAACAGUAGAAACAACAACAACAACAACAACAACAGCCACAAAAAUACUGAAGCAUAAGUUAAGCAAAUUGUAUGGAUACUACGGAUACGGAUACAGAUACGGUUGGAUGCAAGUCUUCCUACUACUGACACUCCACGUGAUUGGUAAUCAAAGUGCCUGGCAGGAGAAUAUACGACCAAAACUCUAUGUGGAAUUAGGUCCCGAAGAUAUACUGAAGUUUCUGGGAAACGAAAGUGUCGUGGAUCACUUUAAGCUCGUCACCAAGGAUGGCAACAGUCUGCUCAUCGGUGCAAGAAAUACGGUCUUUAAUUUAAGCAUACACGAUCUCGCUGAGCAGCAGCGCCUGGUCUGGACAUCGCCGGAAGAUGAUACCAAAAUGUGUCUCGUCAAGGGUAAAGAUGAGGAGGCCUGCCAGAACUACAUCCGCAUCAUGGUGGUGCCGUCGCCGGGGCGCCUCUUUGUGUGCGGCACCAACUCGUUCCGGCCCAUGUGCAACACGUACAUGAUCAAUGAGAACAACUACACGCUGGAGGCGACCAAAAAUGGCCAGGCUGUCUGCCCCUAUGACCCCCGUCAUAACUCCACCUCCGUGCUGGCGGACAAUGAACUGUAUUCGGGUACUGUGGCCGAUUUCAGCGGCAGUGAUCCGAUUAUCUAUCGAGAGCCCCUGCAGACCGAGCAGUACGAUAGCCUCAGUCUCAACGCCCCGAACUUUGUGAGCUCAUUCACGCAGGGAGAUUUCGUGUAUUUCUUCUUCCGCGAGACAGCCGUGGAGUUCAUCAACUGUGGCAAGGCGAUUUAUUCGCGUGUGGCCCGCGUCUGCAAAUGGGAUAAGGGUGGACCGCAUCGGUUCCGCAACCGCUGGACAUCGUUCCUCAAGUCCCGCCUGAAUUGCUCGAUACCGGGCGAUUAUCCCUUCUACUUCAAUGAGAUACAAUCGGCCAGCAAUCUGGUGGCGGGAGAGUACGGUUCGAUGAGCUCGAAACUAAUCUACGGAGUCUUUAAUACCCCCGCCAACUCGAUACCCGGCUCAGCGGUGUGUGCCUUUGCCCUGCAGGACAUAGCGGAUACCUUCGAGGGCCAGUUCAAGGAGCAGAGCGGCAUAGGCUCCAACUGGCUGCCGGUAAACAAUGCCAAGGUCCCUGAACCGCGUCCCGGCUCCUGUCACAACGAUUCACGAACGCUUCCGGAUCCGACAUUAAAUUUCAUCAAAACACAUUCGCUAAUGGACGAGAAUGUGCCGGCGUUUUUCGGUCAGCCGAUUUUGGUCCGGACGAGCACAAUAUAUCGCUUCACCCAGAUAGCUGUCGAUGCACAGAUCAAAACACCGGGCGGCAAGACCUACGAUGUCAUAUUCGUGGGCACAGAUCACGGGAAGAUCAUCAAAUCGGUGAAUGCCGAAUCAGCUGAUUCCGCUGACAAGGUCACCUCCGUGGUCAUCGAGGAGAUCGAUGUGCUGACCAAAAGCGAACCGAUACGGAAUCUGGAAAUAGUCCGGACCAUGCAAUACGAUCAACCCAAGGAUGGCAGCUACGACGAUGGCAAAUUAAUCAUUGUGACAGACAGCCAGGUGAUAGCCAUACAAUUGCAUCGUUGUCACAAUGACAAAAUCACCAGCUGCAGCGAGUGCGUCGCCUUGCAGGAUCCUUACUGUGCCUGGGACAAAAUUGCCGGCAAGUGUCGCUCCCAUGGCGCACCACGUUGGCUGGAGGAGAACUAUUUCUAUCAGAAUGUGUCCACUGGCCAGCAUGCUGCCUGUCCCUCAGGCAAAAUCAAUUCAAAAGAUGCCAAUGUGGGCGAGCAGAAGGGUUUCCGGAAUGACAUGGACUUAUUGGAUUCGCGUCGUCAGAGCAAGGAUCAGGAAAUCAUCGACAAUAUUGAUAAGAACUUUGAAGGCCCUCAAAUUUCCGCAGACAUUAUCAAUGCCCAAUACACGGUGGAGACCCUGGUGAUGGCCGUGCUGGCCGGAUCGAUAUUCUCGCUGCUGGUUGGCUUCUUUACAGGCUACUUCUGCGGCCGGCGCUGCCACAAGGACGAGGACGACAAUCUGCCGUACCCGGACACGGAGUACGAGUACUUUGAGCAGCGUCAGAACGUCAAUAGCAGUUUCCCCUCGUCGUGCCGAAUCCAACAGGAGCCGAAGCUGCUGCCCCAGGUGGAGGAGGUGACCUAUGCAGAGCCAGUGCUGCUGCCACAGCCACCGCCGCAGAACAAGAUGCACUCGCCGAAGAACACGCUCCGCAAGCCACCCAUGCAUCAGAUGCACCAGGGACCCAACUCGGAGACGCUCUUCCAGUUCCAGCCAGAUGGCUACAACACCCAGCAGACAUAUCGCGGACGCGACAACUUUGGAACGUUGCGCUCCCACCAGGUGAUGGGCGACAACUAUCGACGCGGCGAUGGCUUUUCGACCACACGCAGCGUCAAGAAGGCUGUAAACAACACAAACACACGAAACAGAAGUCUUGGUCGCGCAAGAAGACAGCCGCCCCGUCAUGGCAUCGUAACUCAACAUCGCUCGAAUAGCCCCCAGCCACAACCACAGCAGCAGCAGCAGGCACAACAGCAGCCGCACUCCAGCUCCGGCUCGUCGCCGGUAAUGUCGAACAGCAGCUCCAGUCCAGCGCCGCCGUCGAGCAGUCCCAGCCCCCAGGAGAGCCCCAAGAACUGCAGCUACAUUUACCGUGAUUGAUUGAUAUGUAACACCAAGUCGA